AUGCUCGCACCCGCACAAGCCGGGCGAGCACUGCGCUCGUCCCUUCGACUCCUUUCUCUGCAGUCGUCGACAUGUACACUACGCGCUGCACGAUUCACCCCCAGAACAGUCCUCCCAUCUUCACAAUCAAUACCAUCAGCAGCCUUCUCGUCAUAUCGCAGACUCCAGCAAAGUCAAGCAACAGCAGAGGCAGAAGCAGGUGAAGGCUUCAAGCAUGCCUCAGCCGAGAUGACCACCUUCCAAGAACUGGCCGACAAUGGAGUGAUACAUCCCAAGAUCAUCAGCACCAUCACUGGCAAGAUGAACAUUCACACCAUGACCGACGUCCAGCGGAUGACCAUCAACGAGUGCCUCGACGGCUCAGACGUCAUUGGCCAGGCAAAGACUGGCACGGGCAAGACGAUCGCCUUCCUCAUGCCCAUCAUCCAACGCUUAAUGCGCGACACCACCCUCACCCGCGGCCCUCCCUCAGCAGGCGACACCCGCGCCCUCAUCAUCUCACCCACCCGCGAACUCGCCGAGCAGAUCGCAGUCGAAGCCCAAAAAAUCGUUCAAGGCACGGGCAUCAAAGUCCAGACCGCCGUUGGCGGCACCCAGAAGCGCAUGCACCUGGACCUCAUGCGCCGCAACGGCUGCCACAUCCUCGUCGGCACACCCGGCCGCGUCAAAGACCUCAUCUCCGACCGCACUUCCGGCGUCACCCUGAACCACAUCCAGACCUUCGUCCUCGACGAAGCCGACCGCCUCCUCGACGUCGGCUUCGCCCCGGACAUUGAAGAGAUGCAAUCCUACAUGCCCCCUCUCUCCGAGCGCGACCGCCAGACCCUCAUGUUCAGCGCCACCGUCCCCAAAUCCGUCGUCGGCCUUGUCCGCCAAGUCCUCAAACCAGACUUCAAAUUCAUCCGCGCUGUCGACCCCGACGAGGCGCCCACCCACGAACGUAUCCCGCAAAAGCUAGUCUACCUGAAGGGCCUCGAGAACACCGUCCCCGCCAUCCUCGAGAUCGCGACCAAGGCAAUCGAAGCACACAAGCUCGACCCAGCCAAUAACCCACCUUUCAAAGCAAUCGUCUUCAUGCCCUCUACCGCCGAAGUUGCCCUCACGAAAGCCUGGCUUGACAACCUCCGCGACCCCGCCACCUCUGGUUCGGGAGGCAUGUUCGGCCGCCACCCCUUAGACCCCUGCCGCAUCUUCGAAAUUUCCUCCAAACUCGACCAGCGCCAGCGCACGCGCUCCUCAGAGGGCUUCCGCAACUGCGAGUCCGGCAUUCUCAUCUCCUCGGAUGUGACAGCUCGAGGGAUGGACUUCCCCAACGUCUCAACCGUGAUCCAGACGGCGAUCCCACAGACCGAAGACCAGUAUGUCCACCGCAUCGGGCGAACCGGUCGUGCCGGAAAGGACGGUCUAGGCUAUCUACUACUCCAAGAAGACGACAAGCGCGCCUGGGAACGCAAUUACUCGCGCAGCUUGAAACUCACGGUCGAUGAUACCCUGCACACUGCUAAACUUGACAUGAGCACGGGCGCACAGUUACCGUCUAACAUCGCAAGAAUCAUGGGCAUGGUCGAGAAAGGCAUCCGCCAAGUCCACUUUGGCCAAAAAGCGGAUGCGUACCGCGCAUCAAUCGGCGUCAUGAAGCAAUCUCUCACAGACCGCAGCCCGCAAGAGCUAGUGGAUAAAAUAAACCAACAAGCACGAUGGGGCUGGGGUUUGGAGAGACCUCCCCCGUUGAGCCAACUCAUCAUUGACCGUCUCGGCUUGAGAAACGCAACUGGCCUGGAGAUUCAGGAUGAGAGCAGGGGAGGCGGUAGAGGAUUUGGUGACCGCAAUGGCGGUGGCCGGGGCGGCUUCGGCGGCGGUCGCGGACGGGACAGCUUCGACUCAAACAACCCCUUCGGUCGCGAGCCCAUCGGGUAUGGCAGCCGCGCAGCAGCGGUGGCAGUGGCUCGGUGUUUGACGAGCCCGCUGAUGGAGGUCGCGGCGGCUUUGGCGGUGGCCGAGGAGGUGGCGGCAGGAGUGGAGGCGGGUACGGUGGAGGUGGCCGUGGCUUCGGUGGGGAUCGGGGAGGUGAUCGUGGUGGGUUUGGUCGGAGAUGAUAGCUGUCGAUUUCGAUACCCCUGA